AUGUGGCUACUGGUGCCGGUUGCGUUGGCUGGGAACCUGCUGGUCCAGGCUUUCAGAGAUCAACUGGAGAGUUUGUGGAAGAUUGUCGGACGGCUUUCCUGCUGGUUUAGAGCAGGCUUGUUUGUCGAGGGGAGCCUCCGGAGCUGCCCCCGGGAAGAAAAGAAAAAGAGGGAAAGGGAAAAGGAAAAGAAGUUGGAGGAGGAUGUCCCAGAAGGGCCAAUCAUUCCCACCAGCGUCAACUACCACUUCACUCGCCAGUGCAACUACAGAUGUGGCUUCUGCUUCCACACAGCCAAGACGUCUUUUGUGCUACCACUGGAGGAAGCCAAAAGGGGACUCAGGAUGCUGAAGGAGGCAGGAAUGGAGAAAAUUAACUUUUCUGGAGGUGAGCCAUUCCUACAAAACAGAGGAGAAUUCCUGGGAGAGAUGGUCAAAUUCUGCAAAGAGGAGCUGAGGUUACCCAGCGUCAGCGUCGUGAGCAAUGGGAGUCUGAUCAGAGAAAACUGGUUCAAGUGCUAUGGUGAACACCUAGAUAUUCUAGCUAUUUCUUGUGAUAGUUUUGAUGAGCAAGUCAACGUGCUAAUCGGUCGGGGACAAGGGAAAAAGAACCAUGUUGAAAAUCUGCAAAAGCUGAGGAAAUGGUGUCAGCAUUAUGGUGUGGCUUUCAAAAUAAAUUCCGUCGUUAACAGAUUUAAUUUUGAAGAGGACAUGAAUGAACAGAUUAAAGUAUUAAACCCUGUGCGCUGGAAGGUGUUCCAGUGUUUAAUAAUUGAUGGUGAGAAUUCAGGUGAAGAUGCUUUGAGGGAAGCAGAAAAGUUUAUUAUCAGUGAUGAAGAUUUUGAACAAUUUUUGGAACGCCAUAAGGAAAUAUCAUGUUUGGUGCCUGAGUCCAAUCAGAAGAUGAAGGAUUCUUACCUCAUUCUGGAUGAAUAUAUGCGUUUUCUGAACUGCAGAAACGGACGGAAAGAACCUUCCAAAUCAAUCCUGGACGUAGGGGUGCAAGAAGCCAUUAAAUUCAGUGGAUUUGACGAGAAGAUGUUUCUAAAGCGAGGAGGAAAAUAUGUGUGGAGUAAGGCAGAACUGAAUCUACAGUGGUGAAAGUGCAUGAUUCCAUGGUGACGCAUGCCUUGGGGAAAGUGAAUUCAAGUCCCCUCAGGAGUUCUAGGAUGACUAACUGUAGUCAUCUGGUUUUUUUCAUUACCUGGUCAACCCUUGAAAUUCCAGGGAAAUGAGGGACUAUGCGCAGUGGACAAUCCAAUAUCUUCACUUUUGUAUUGGACUUCUGUCUGUGCCCAACGGAAGCAUAUGUGGACAGUUUGAGUCUCUGCCUUUCAAUUCACCUUCUAAUGAGCAGUGAAAUGACCAAAAGGAAAGAACUAGAGGUGGAAGAAAAGGAACAAAGCACUUUAUACAGCCCUAAAUUGGAAACUAGCCAUCAUAUCCCCCUUUGGGUCUGACCCAAGGCAGGGUCCACAGAAGCGGUAGUGGUGUGCCUCGGCCUCCCCUCCCUCUAUAUUAGUGUCACAAAUCAUGCCCUCACUGCCCCUUUGCCCUUCCAUCCCCCUAAACCCUAGCCACUACCCUCUCUACAUCAAAUUUGCACUUGACUGUGUACCACUUGAAACUCCUAGUGCUUACACUGGCCCCAUAGUACUUGUGUAGGUAUUCUUACACUACUAUUUCCCCUAUCUCUAAUCCAUUUGAAUGCCUC